GAACCAAUCUCACCCAUCUUUCUUAUGUAUCCAUUGUUAUCUCUCUUCUUCACUUUCCCUCAAAAAAAUCUCUCUUCUUCACUUAAGUAUUUUUCUUCAGUUUCGAACUAAAAUCUCAAUCUCUCCCAAGCAAAGUUGAGUCCAAACAACAAAUAUGGAUCAAAAGACACAAGUGAAACCAGAGGAAAGAAGGAAUGAUACACAAACACAAAAUCAAAUAGUGUCAGUGUCUCGCCCUUUGUUUCACACUGCAAAUGCUUCUGCCUUUUCAUCCUACAUGAGUAGAGUUCAAGUCCAAGAAAUCUCCCACCAACAACAAAAACAACAAGAAUUGCAGAAAAAACUUGGCACCUUCUGGGCAAAACAAAAUGAAGAAGUUGAGAAGGUUGUUGAUUUCAGAAAUAAUGGCUUGCCAUUAGCAAGGAUUAAGAAGAUAAUGAAAGCAGAAGAAGGAGUGAGUAUGAUAUCAGCUGAGGCACCUAUUCUGUUUGCUAAGGCAUGUGAAAUGUUUAUUAUGGAGCUUGCAACAAGAUCAUGGGCUAAUGCAGAGGUGAACAAAAGAAAGACACUUCAAAAGAGUGAUAUUGCAUCUGCUGUCUCAAGUAAUGAAGUGUUUGAUUUCUUAGUUGAUAUUGUCCCCAGGGAAAACACAAUGGAGCGUGACAUAUUCAUGGGUAUACCAAGAAGAGAAAAUGUUCCUUAUUAUCUGCCUAUGCCGGUUCAUGUUCCACCUCAAUAUGCUGCAGGUCCAUCAUAUGGACCUGCAGGAAUGCUUAUGGGAAGACAUCUUCCCAAUCAACCUCCAUCACAUCCUUUUGCAAAUCAAAUAUUUCCGACCCCAAAGAAAGAAAGCGACCAUUCUACUGAUUUGCCAAAUUCAGACGAUUAAGCACUUAGUAUUUACUGCAUUAAAGCAGUAGUACUUACCAUGCAUGCAUCCAUGUUUAUCUUUAAAUAAAAGUACUCCAUAUAUGUUUAUGUUUCUUUCAUAUUAAGUUGAUGUAACCGUUUUGUCCCGUGAGCAUAGCUCAGUUGG